CAAUGCCUGGUGCAUGCCAUUGCUCGCCUCCAUUGCCACUUUCCUCUUGACAAUGCCAUUCACCUGCUUCGGCCUACUCUUCGUUCUCAUUAUGGAGAAGUUCGGCUCCACCCGGGAACAGGCAUCUUGGGUUGAAAGCGCUUUCAUUAUGAGCAGCAACUUAUCAGCGCUUGCAAUAGCCUUCCUUCAGCGCCGCGUCGGCCUCUCCCGCAUCGCCCUCAUAUCUGCCGCCGCCACCAGCGCAACUGUUCGUUGCGUCUGCAUUCGCUCCGAACAUGGUUUGGAUGAGCGUCAUCUUCGGUGGAGCCUAUGGUUUUACAGUGAAGGUGUUCUUGGCGUCCGCUUCAAUCUACACGAUGCUGUUCUUCGACAAGUACCGGGCCACCGCACAGUCCUUCAUCAGCUGCGCUCAGGGAGCAGCUGGCAUGGCGGGACAAACCCUGCUUUCGCGGCUGCAGAAGGCUUACGGCCUCAACGGAGCAUUGGUGAUACUAGGGGGAUACUCAUGAAUGCUAGUUCCACUGUCUAUGCUGCUCAAGCAAGCUCACCGGAUAAGGUUUACGUCCUUCCUGAGAAAGAAGGCGUCAGAGUUUGUCGCCAAUGUUGUUGCUACCUCUGAGAUAACUUGCUCGAAGAAAGGUGCGUUACUACGGUCCGUGCAUCAGGUCAAUUCCUGUAAAAUACAAGGCAGCCCGCAAGGCAAGCUUGAGUUCGCGUUCGUUAGAAGAAUGAGUAGAAAAAUAU